GCGAUGUUGACGGGUGUCUUGCCCACCCCCAGCCGGCUGAGUGAGGACGGACAGAGCUGACAGCGAGUUGGUCCGGCUGCAGGGACACGGCGGGCUGACAGAGCUGACAGCACUCGGGCUGCAAGGACACGGCGGACUCAGUGAGGACUGAGAGCUGGUUUGGCCGCAGGGAAAAGGCGAGCUGAGAGAGAGAGGACGGAGAGAGCUGGUCCGGCCGCAGGGACACAGCGGGCUGAGAGAGAGAGGACGGACAGAGCUGACAGCGAGCGCUCCGGCCGCGGGGACACGGCGAGCUGGGAACCCAGGCAGGAUGAGAGGAGACGACCCCUUUGCCGCUAUGAAGAACCUGAAGCGCUUCAGCGACAGAGCUGCUGCCGGCGAUUUUUUCCUUCAGGCCGCAGAUAUCCGUGAUCCCAAUGAUCACAUCCUCUCGCAAGAAGAUUUCGACGAGAUAACGGAUUUCACAGACCUCCCGACCUCACUCUUCGCCUGCAACGUGCAUCAAUCUGUUUUUGAAGACGAACAGCGAAGGGAGAAGUUUGAAGCACUUUUCUUGGCUUAUGAUGACCAUGCCACAUUCCAGCUGUUUAAAAGUUUCAGGCGUGUACGAAUUAACUACACGAAUCCCAAAGUAGCAGCUCGUGCCAGAAUAGAACUCCACGAAACAAAGUUUAAUGGGAAAAAGCUAAAACUCUACUUUGCCCAGGUUCAAAAUCAAGGUACAGAUGGAGAUAACCUGCACCUUGCUCCGCCACAGCCAGCAAAACAGUUUCUCAUCUCCCCUCCAGCAUCACCACCUGUGGGCUGGCAACAAAUUGAUGACGCGACUCCAAUCAUCAACUAUGAUCUUCUCUAUGCAGUGGCAAAACUGGGACCUGGAGAGAAGUAUGAAUUACACGCAGGAACGGAAUCAACUCCAAGUGUGGUGGUCCAUGUCUGCGACAGUGAAGCAGAGGAUGAGGAAGAACUGAAAAAUUCUCCAAAACCAAAAAUAAUUCAAACUCGCCGUCCUGAUCUGCCGCCAGCAGUGUCCAAUUGAAAUAUUGAUGCACACUUUUAGUAAAGUAUCAUCUAGUGCUCUCUGCUGUGGCCAUACUCUGGUGAAAGGAACAAUGGUCUGUCAUUCACAGAAGUAUUUGUUUUUGAGCCCCUUCUGAGUUUCUAAGGCGUAACAAAAUAGAAUGGAAGUGGUUACUAUGUGCAUGCCUAUUUGCUUUCUACAAAUUGGUAUCUGAUCAUAUCACAAAUCAUUCAUUUAUGUUAGAAUGGCACUAGUCAAGCCCAGGAAUAAUUGUAAAGCUUGGCUUUAUAAUCUCAAGAUGAAUAUAAUUAAACUGUUAAGCACAUGGUAACCUGCUGUUCUACAAUGAUUUAGUAUAAAUGUUUGAUGCAAAUAUAAAUUAGGUUUAAAGUCUUUGAGGCAUAUUGUGAUUAUGUCUGCUGUGUUCUCUGACUUGUUCGGGAAAUGAAAAGGUUAACGUGGUCUGAGUUUUACUUUUUUGGCACUGAAUUGCCGAUGAUGUUCUUGGUGAAAAUCCUGUGAGACUAUUUGUAGUAAAUGUAAAUGUUAUAGAGCAACCUUGGGGAAAUACUAACGUUCGUUUAUACCAAUGUGCAGUCAAUAACAUCCGCAUCUUCUAAUAUAAUCUUGUGAAAAGAUGUAACAGUAAUUUGUAUUUUUAUCACUGUUUUAAUAUUGAUAAAAUGUACUGAUUGAAGUUAUAUGCAAUAUAUGUACUAAAAAUAGGAAUGAUAAAAUGAAUAUAGACA